AUGGAGGGGCCCGGGAGUGCCCCUCAGCCGUACCUGGGGCUGCUCCUGGCAAAGCUUCGCUGGGCUGUGGCAGCAUUGCCUGAAGAUAUGAGACAAUCCAACUUGUAUGGUUUUCCAUGGGAGUUGGUGAUAUGUACAACUAUUGUUGGAUUUUUUGCUGUUCUCUUGUUUUUGUGGAGAAGUUUUCGGUCGGUUAGAAGCCGGCUUUAUGUGGGGAGAGAGAAAAAGCUUGCUGUAGAACUUUCUACACUAAUUGAAGAAAAAUGUAAACUGCUUGAAAAAUUUAGCAUUGUUCAAAAGGAGUAUGAAGGCUUAGAGUCAUCUUUAAAGGAUGCCAACUUUGAAAAGGAGUCAACAGAAGCACAAAGUUUGGAGGCAUUCUGUGAAAAAUUGAACGGAUUCAAAUCUGAACUUGAGGAUGAAAUACUCAUUCUAGAAAAAGAGUUAAAGGAAGAGAAAUCUAAACAUUCGAAGCAAGAUGAGUUGAUGUCGGACAUUUCAAAAAGGAUCCAGUCCCUAGAGGAUGAAUCCAAGUCCCUCAAAUCACAAGUAGCUGAAGCCAAAACAACCUUCAAAAUAUUUCAGAUGAAUGAAGAACGACUUAAGAUAGCUAUAAAAGAUGCUCUGAGUGAAAAUUCUCAACUUCAGGAAAGCCAGAAACAGCUUUUACAAGAAGCUGAAGAAUUGAGAGAACAAGUGAAUGAGCUUAAUAAACAGAAAAUAACAUUUGAAGACUACAAAGUACAUGUGGAACAAGUUCUGUGUGAUAAAGAAAAUCAGAUUAAGUCUCUGACAGAGUGCUUACGAAAGAUGAAAGACUGGACUGCUGUACUUGGUGAAGACAUUACAGAUGAUGAUAACUUGGAAUUGGAAAUGAAGAGUGAUUCAGAAAAUGAUGCAUACCUAGAUAAUCAACCAAAAGGAGCUUUGAAGAAACUGAUUCAUGCUGCUAAGUUAAGAGCUUCUUUAAAAACCCUAGAAGGAGAAAGAAACCAAAUUUACACUCAAUUAUCUGAAGUUGAUAAAACAAAAGAAGAGCUUACAGAGUGUAUUAAAAAUCUCCAGACUGAACAAGCAUCUUUACAGUCAGAAAAUACACAGUUCGAAAGUGAAACUCAAAAACUUCAGCAGAAACUUAAAGUAAUGACUGAACUAUAUCAAGAAAAUGAAAUGAUACUUCACAGGAAAUUGACAAUGGAGGAAAAUUACCGGUUAGAGAAAGAGGAGAAACUUUCCAAAGCUGAUGAAAAGAUCAACCAUGCAGCUGAAGAGCUGGAGACCUAUAGAAAGCGAGCCAAAGAUCUAGAAGAAGAGUUGGAGAGAACUAUUCAUUCUUAUCAAGGACAGAUUAUUUCUCAUGAGAAAAAAGCACAUGAUAAUUGGUUGGCAGCUCGGACUGCUGAAAGAAACCUCAAUGAUUUAAGGAAAGAAAAUGCUCACAAUAGACAAAAAUUAACUGAAACAGAGUUUAAAAUUGAACUUUUAGAAAAAGAUCCUUAUGCACUUGAUGUUCCAAAUACAGCAUUUGGCAGAGAGCAUUCCCCAUAUGGUCCCUCACCAUUGGGUCGACCUUCACCUGAAAUGAGAGCUUUUCUCUCCCCUCCAACUUUGUUGGAGGGUCCACUCAGACUCUCACCUUUGCUUCCAGGGGGAGGAGGAAGAGGCUCAAGAGGCCCAGGGAAUCCUCUGGACCAUCCGAUUACUGAUGAAAGAGGAGAAUCAAGUUCUGAUAGGCUAACUGAUCCUCACAGAGCGUCUUCUGACACUGGCUCCCUUUCACCGCCCUGGGAACAAGAUCGUAGGACGAUGAUUCCUCCAUCAGGCCAGCCAUAUCCUGAUCCAGUUCUUCUUCCACAAAGGCAAGAUAGAUUUUAUUCUAAUUCUGGUAGACUUUCUGGACCAGCAGAACUCAGAAGUUUUAAUAUGCCUUCAUUGGAUAAAACAGAUGGGCCAGUAUCUUCAGAAAUGGAAUCCAGUAGAAAUGAAAGCAAAGAUGAUCUUGGUAAUUUAAAUGUUCCCGAUUCAUCUCUUCCCAUUGAAAAUGAAGCAACUGGACCUGGUUUUGUUCCUCCACCUUGUCCUCCAGUCAGAGUUCCAUUGUUUCCGAUGGAUACAAGGGGUCCUUUCAUAAGAAGAGGGCCUCCUUUUCCUCCACCUCCUCCAGGAACCAUGUAUGGAGUUCCCCGAGAUUAUUUUCCACCAAGGGAUUUCCCUGGCCCACCACCUCCGCCAUUUGCAAUGAGAAAUGUCUACCCACCAAGAGGUUUUCCUCAUUAUCUUCCCCCGAGAGCUGGAUUUUUCCCCCCACCCCCACAUCCUGAAAGUAGAAGUGAAUUUCCAUCAGGGCUUGAUUCCACCUUCAAAUGA